GGUACAUAAUAAAGUCUCUUAUACUCGACUGGGGAACUCAUACGAGUUCUCUCUCUUUAGACGCUUACUGUCUUUUACAAAACCGUACCAUGCCUCCUAUUAACAUCAAUACUAGCUCUUUUAAACUCGAUGCACCCGGCAUCGCAGGGUUUUUCGGCGGCGAAGAAGCCGUCCUUGGGAUGCAGACCAUUCAUCUCUACGAAUACAGAAAAUGGCUGGGAUGGUACAACUCUCCCGGCGGCUGGACUGUUGGCAAGUUCGGAACACUCGCAAAUUCCCGUUUCUGGAACACAGUCUUCCCUGGGCUCCAUGAAGGCCCUACAAAAUUAUUUGGGUUCGAUGGCAAGCAGGGGCCAAAAUAUGUCGCCUCUAGAUCUGGAUCCUCCCUGGAGCACACCGGCCACCUUGCAUAUUUGAUAACGCAAAGCUGCAAGGAGCCAGAAGUGCAGGUGGAAGGAGGUCUCACGAAACGGAUUAAAGUGACUAUUAUCCAGACACAACCCAAUCCAUCUGUGAAAGAGAAUCGGCCAGUUCGCACGAUCCCACCUGGGCGUCACGUGCACGUUGCCAUUCUCCCGAUGGCCGUCAGCUUUAUUACAUGUGCGCUUUGCGGAUGGACAUACGACUGGUUCUGUUGUGUUAUGAUUCUUCUGGGAAUCGUCUCUAAUGGCCUGUUUACCUUGGUCAUAGGAUCCGCAUGUUUAGGGCUGAAAGGCAUGAAGUCAUCACAGACAGCUCCGCCCGGAGACGGGAUGCUAAUGGAUGGCGAUGACAUCAUCAUCCUCCUCGGGACAGCGGGAAACGUCGGCACCAUCACGAGGGGCCAGUUCGUUCUCGAAUAUGAGCCCUGGGUGAAGAAGGGGAGCAGGGAGGAAAAGAGAAAAUGUUCCGUUCCUGGAGACGGGAUGGGAUCAGCCAGCUCGAAUCGCGGAAACGAUGCAGACGAGUAUGACGAGUAUGCCGCUAUUGGAUUAUGUUCGCUCCUGCUCGUCAUACAACUCCUCAGUCAAGCGCUCUUGAUCCCCCAGGGCACAUUAUUCUUCGGCCAAAUCAUGUUCCUGUCCUCCAUCGCGGCUUCCUGGGUGUACAACUUUUACUUGUCCUCGAUGGAUAAGGAGUGUAUUCAACAGAGGUUGCUCCUAGAUGUACUCGAUUUGCAUAUGCAGCCGUACAGCCCAGGCAAGAGAACAACUGCUGUUGUAUUCGCAUGCUUGAUGCUCCAGCCUCGUGGCAAUGAUGCAGAUGAAUGGGAGAGUUUCAAACCAGCAGCCAUCAUCCAACAUUUGAUUCCAAAUGAUACGCAGGUGUGGAUUACAUGGAGACAAAAGGUCUUGGGCGUAAUAAGCGAGCGCGAACGCAACCAAGAAGCUUGCUACGGUUUGCUCCAGGUGAACGCCGAGGAUGAAGCGAGGAUGAAGAAGGAUGACAUAUACCUUCUCGAGCAACUCCUGGUGGACGCUCGCACCGCAUACGAUCAGGCCACGGCAGAGCAGCGUAGACUUGGGUCGAUCGGCGGCAAGGAGGACUGA